AUGGAAGACGAAGUCGCCGCUCUUGUUAUUGACAACGGUUCCGGCAUGUGCAAAGCCGGUUUCGCUGGCGAUGAUGCCCCACGCGCUGUUUUCCCUUCUAUUGUAGGUCGCCCUCGCCACCAUGGUGUAAUGGUUGGCAUGGGUCAGAAAGAUUCAUACGUAGGGGAUGAAGCUCAAUCUAAACGUGGUAUCCUUACUCUUAAAUAUCCUAUUGAGCAUGGUAUCGUAACGAAUUGGGACGACAUGGAAAAAAUUUGGCAUCAUACAUUUUACAAUGAACUUCGUGUUGCUCCCGAGGAACAUCCUGUGCUCUUGACUGAAGCUCCGCUCAAUCCUAAAUCUAAUCGUGAGAAGAUGACUCAAAUCAUGUUUGAAACUUUUAAUGCGCCUGCUUUUUAUGUUGCAAUUCAAGCCGUUCUAUCAUUGUAUGCAUCUGGUCGUACUACUGGUAUUGUUCUUGACUCUGGUGAUGGUGUCACUCAUACUGUACCAAUCUACGAAGGUUACGCUCUUCCUCAUGCUAUUCUCCGUCUCGAUUUGGCGGGUCGUGAUUUGACUAACUACCUUAUGACGAUUCUUAUGGAACGUGGUUAUUCAUUUACAACCACUGCUGAACGUGAAAUUGUUCGCGAUAUUAAAGAGAAACUCUGUUAUGUUGCUUUGGAUUUUGAACAAGAAAUGCAAACUGCUGCUCAAUCAUCUGCGUUGGAGAAAUCUUAUGAAUUGCCCGAUGGUCAAGUUAUUACUAUCGGUAAUGAACGUUUCCGUGCCCCAGAAGCACUUUUCCAGCCUUCUUUCUUGGGUAUUGAAGCUGCUGGCAUUCAUGAAACUACUUAUAAUUCCAUUAUGAAAUGUGACGUUGAUAUUCGUAAAGACCUUUAUGGAAAUAUUGUUCUUUCUGGAGGUACUACUAUGUAUGCUGGAAUUGCAGAUAGAAUGCAGAAGGAAAUUACAGCAUUAGCGCCUUCUAGCAUGAAAAUCAAGAUUGUUGCCCCUCCAGAACGCAAGUACUCUGUCUGGAUUGGUGGUUCUAUCUUAGCUUCUCUUUCAACUUUCCAACAAAUGUGGAUUAGUAAACAAGAAUACGACGAAUCUGGUCCUUCUAUUGUUCAUCGCAAAUGUUUCUAG